GGUUUCGGGGUAGUCCGACAUCAGAGGACAGAAACUAGAACGGGAUUACAAACUGUCAGAGGGUCACGUCCCUGUCCUCCGGUACGCCUCGCUCUCCCACCUCUCUGGGGGUUUCAGUGACUUGUUGUUUCCUCUGCCUGCAGUUCGCCCAGUGCUUCUUCUUCAAUGCCGAGGAGAGAAACAGACAGAGACAAAAAGAACUUGAGGAGAAAGAAUAAAGUGAGGGAGUACCAGGACUCGGACUCGGACUGCGACGAAUUCUGCCCGGAGGACCACAGCCUGGUCCUCAGACAGAAUUUAGCCGCCGUGCUGGUGAGGUUCAUACGCACAGAAACGAAAUCCCGCCUACUGAGAGUCUGCCUGCGCACGCUUCGCAUCCUCUCCCGGGACAAAAAGGUUCUGGGCCCCUUGGUGACCGACGGCGCUCUCCAAACUCUGGCAAGGCUCGCCGGCCUAAGCAGCGCCGGCCUAAGCAGGAGCGCCACCGCCGAGGAGGACGUCGACCCCGACUCUCAGCUCUACGAUGACAUCCUUGCCUCCCUCGCCGAGGCCAAGCUGACGCGACACGGCGACAAUGGAGACGAUGAAGAGGACUUAGACAUUAGCGACCGGGAUGAAGACUGUCCCGCAGCCGACCAGGACGCCAAGAGUGACACAAGCAAUGCCAACAGUGGCGACCUGGACAGCGGCGGAGAUCAGGGGAGCCGUUGUUCCAGCGUCGCUGACAUGCCGAGGGGCGCUGCCCACCAGCGAGUCCUGGUGAGAGGCAGGAAGGACCGGAGAGAGAGCAAGAUGGAUGGAGAAGAGGAGGAGGAGGGACAGAGGGGAGAGGAGGCACAGAGGAAGGAGGCGAUGAAGGUUUUGUGCAACGUGGUGUACAACAGCACCUGGGCGCAGGAGAGGUUCAGCACUCUCGGCCUCCUGAAUGGUCUCACUGAGCGGCUGUCCAGUGGCGCCAGCACUUUAUCUCCAUCUAGUGGACAAUUUUAUGAACUACGCCUCAUGUUCCUCUUGACUGCACUACGCCCUGAGCUCAGACUUCAGCUUCAACAGGAAAACGGCGUGUCCAUCCUCACGACCACUCUGGAAAGCUGUCUGGAUGUGCAGUGGAAGGACCAGUACGAGGUGGUGAUGGACUCGGCGGCGCCCCCUAUCUCCCUGGAGGCCUCACAGCGCGCGGUGGAAAUUCUUAAAGUCCUCUUCAACAUUACCUACAGCACACACAGACAGGAGCCGGAUGAGGAUGCUGCUGCUCUGUACCGCCACCUCGUGGGAAUAUUGCGUCUCUGCCUGAUGAGGCGCUGUGAGCUGGCAGAAGACACCGAUGAACUGCAAGGCCACACUGUCAAUCUGCUGUCGGCGCUGCCUCUCCAGUGUCUGGAUGUGCUGCUGUUGGUGCCGCCGGACCCGGACUCCCAGCAAAGCAAAGGCGUCAACAUGGACUGUGUCCACACAUUGCUGGACUUCAUGGAGCGCCGUCUGGACUCGGGUGACCGGGUCAAAGAGAAGCUGACCCCCGUCCUCAACCUGCUGACUGAGAGCUGCCGCGUGCACUGCCAAACACGACUCUACAUCCGACAACACAUCCUCCCUCCUCUGAGAGACGUGAGCCAGAGGCCGGAGGAAGGCUCAACGGUGAAGAGCCGCCUGGUCCGACUCAUGACCCACCUGGACACCGACCUCAAACACUGUGCUGCCGAGCUGCUGUUUGUCCUCUGCAAGGAAAACGUGAGCCGUUUUGUGAAGUACACAGGCUACGGCAACGCGGCCGGCCUACUGGCCACCAGGGGUCUCCUGGGGGGCCAGGGACCCGGAGGCCCCAGUUCAGGAGCCCAGUACUCCAGCGACUCAGACUCAGACACUGAGGAGUACCGGCAGGUCAAAGGUCGCAUCAACCCGGUGACAGGGCGAGUGGAGGCGGAGCAACCGGACCCCAUGGAGGGCAUGACGGAGGAGGAGAAGGAGGAGGAGGCCUACAGGCUGGUCAUGCUCUUCAACAAGCUCUCCAGGGACGACAUCAUCCAGCCAAUGGGAGUGGAUGCUGAGGGGAAGCUGGUUCCUAUGACGGGACUGAGGGAUGCCGCAGAGGAAGAGGAGCCAGGAGACCAGAGCGAUGAAGAGCCAGACGAAGUAGAGAAGGACUGAAAUGUCCACGGGUUCUUUUUAUCCAUUAAUUAAUUUGUUGACUUCGCUUAUUGUUGUAUUUGUAAACAUCCAUGUUCCAGAGGGGAGCUUGUAACUGGAGUUGUGAAGGCGUGGACGAACAGAGAGAAACUGGUAAAGGUUUCAAACUGAAACACGCAAAUGAAAAUCUAAGAUGUGUCCUUCAAAUCCAGAGCUCUGAUGCAGAAUACCACGACAACAAAACCGCUUUGGAGUCUAAUUCAGACUGAGAUGAUAAUGUGAAAAAACUUUGCGGAUGAAACUGAUUCUGAUUAAGUGAUA